ACAGGUCAAUAAGGCUGUAAAAGUGUGUCUUUGCGUACUUCCUGUGACAAGAGUUUGAAAGCAACUCACAGGUCGACAUACAGGUUGCCAUACAUUCAGAGGUCUUGGUUGUUAAGAGAGCUGUUGAAAGUCCUAAUAGUGAUGAGGAGGCUGCUGGAUAGAAACGUAAGGAAGAUCCUUGAACUGUACCUUAGGAUUCUCUUUUGUGUGUUCUCCACACGGAGACAGACGCCUGCCACAACAACAGACUGCGCAUCAUGCUGAAUGAAAGUUGGUUACUUGAUAUGAUAAAGUUCUUAAUCACGCCUUUGAUGUGCAUAGCACUGUACCUGCUGUGUUGCCGUAGAAAAUGGCUGUGCACUCAGGAAGAAGAGUCAGAUGACUCCUCUGUCUAUGUCAUCCCUAUGCAUGAAGAAGAGAGGACAGAAGGACGAAGAGAGGAGGCAAGUCCCCCCAGUAGACCUCCUCGGCCCUCAAGGGCCCCAACCCCUCCACCGUUACCCACGACUGUCUACAGACCUCCCUAUAGAGAACUGCCGCCGUAUAGCUCAGUGGAUCUCAUCAACCCUGCCCCGCCAUACACUCCGUUUGACCCAAAGGACCCAGAGGACGUUCCACCUUCCUACCGAGCGGUGAUAGAGGACAUACCACCCAUCUACUCAGCAGUGGUGGUUUCAGAUGAUCUUCCAUCUGUCUGGUAUCCGCCACUGCCCCCAGUCUCACCCCCCUUACUCCCAAGUCCAGGUUACGCCCAAGUCCCGUUACCAAGACCCUAACAUGGACGCGACUUGCACAAUUGAGAAUUCCAUUUAAUCCCACAGCACUUCUGCUACAGCCUGGUCCCAGAUUUGUUUGUGCUGUCUUGCCAACACCUAUAGGCAGCACAAACAGAUCUGGGACCAGGCUAUGUCUGCUAUUCCCUUGCACCUCCAUGGGGUUCAUAUAGAGCUCUGAACAUGCAUAUUCAGGCCGUCCAAAGAACAAUGCUGAUUAAUCUACGUUUUUGAGGAAACUUUGGAUUUAUGUGAUACAGGUAGGGCCUAGAGUUGUUCCCGGUUGGUGAAAACUCAGGGCCUGAAAUACUGUAUAGUGGUACAUCUUAUACAUCUGUAUAGUGGUACACUUUCGUCACUGACGUGACAUUGUACUGUAAAGUAUCUGGUUCGGCUUGUGUAGAGGACUGGGCCAUCAUGGAGUCAUUGUUCAUUUUAUCAACAAAAAUAGUGACUAAAAUAAUCACCCAGGUGACUCUCUUGCUUCACCUUAACCAGUCAACACCACCAGCCUUCUAGUUAGCUAGAAUACUCUUUGCUGGUUAAGAAAUACAAGCUGCUUUACCAAAUUAAAAACAACAACAGCAUUGUGUUUAAUAGUAAAACAACAGUCUAGCUAUGUUUUUCUCUUCCUUGAAUAGGCUAUAGAAAAGUAGUCCGUCUUUUACAUUUGUAGUCUCGUUCAACCCUCCCACUUCUCCCAUUGCAUUUCAUAUACAGGUUCUGUUGUCAAGUGUCCAUCUUUUCCUCAGAGAAAACGGCUUGAUUUAAGCCCUUAAGGUACCAUUGAAAAGACAUGACCCAUAAUACCAGCGCUAUGUUUUUUAAAUUUAGAUCGUGCAUUGGCGGGCAGCAUUUUACAUUCAUAAAGCAUAUCACAGGCCGUUCUUAAACUAGGUUACUUGCGGACCGGACCGUUAUUUGUUCAGGCUACACCUUGUUCAGUUAUGUUACCUCAUUGGCUAGCUAAAGCUAGCAACCUGGGGGAAUGUUCAGCAGGACGCAACAUUUUGAAACGUUCAGAUAUAAAUAUGCUCUGUAGAACAAACAUGUCUCUCUGACAUGUUGAAUAAGAAAUAACGUAGCCUCUAUUCUUGGAAUUUCUAUCUGCAAUGUUCAAGAACGUUUUUCAACUGGUAACAUUAUUGGUAGCCUACAGUGACUGGAAAGUAUUCAGACCCCUUGACUUUUUCCAAAUGUUGUUACUUUACAGCCUUAUUCUAAAAUGGAUUAAACAAAAAUUAUCCUCAGCAAUCU